AGUAAACUAGUAAAAAUGACUGAAUACAGUUUUUAGAUUUGUAGAAAACCUUGUAUGAUAACUCACUGCAGUUUGAGGCUUUUGCAUGACGGAAACGUUGUGAAGACUUUAUGAUAAAAUGCCACUUGGUGAGUUUUCUGAGGUUGUACCUGUAGCUCUUCAUUCAUCCACUCUCUGCUCACAGGCACAAGAUGUACUGGCUGCAGGUUCGUGGGAAGGGGGAACUAUGUUGAAAUGUAGCGAUCAGAUUCUGGCCUGGUGUCACAUUUCUGUGAGCAGGUGGCUGGAAUUUGAGACCACGCUGCUGCGUCUGCCUGAUUGUCCAUUCUUUGUGAAGGAGUGCUAAAAUGUCAUUACACGCGACACAGAAGCAGCUUCUGGGAACACAGUUUUGAUCUCUGGCCGGAACAUCUCCGGAUCUCCAGACGGGACGGGAAGCGACCCGUUUAAGGCUCCCCCUGGCGAGACCAUUACCGCUGCUGCCAUCGAUAUGCAAAGUGUCUCAGAGCGCCCAUUGGGGAGGCAUAUCCACUGACAGGCACAUUAUUACUCAUUGGCCACACUUCCGGAGAUUGUGUUUCAGGCGUUAAGGGAGCUCCCGAGUCAUCCUCCAGGCGUUUAUGUCACUUGUGCGUGCUUCUGUGUCUGUCUGCCAUCGGAGGAGAGGCCGCUCACCUGCAGGGAGAGAGAGGACACCGAGGACGUGGAAGGGGUCUCUGCUGCAUGAGACGAACGGGAAACCGUAAACAGCGACUGCCAAAAGAUGUCACACCAAACUGGGAUUAACGCUACACCCGAACUCAAACAGUUCUUGGCUCAAGCGAGAAGAGGCUCCAUCAGAAUAAUGAAGAUCAUAAUCAGCAACGAGGAGCUGGUGUUGGAUUCGUUCAGAGAGCCGGUGCAGAGCUGGGACAAAGACUACGACCAGUUUGUGCUUCCUCUUCUCACGCCUCAGGAGCCUUGCUACAUCCUGUACCGCCUGGAUUCCCAGAAUGCACAGGGAUACGAGUGGACGUUCAUCGCCUGGUCACCUGACCAGUCACCAGUGAGGCAGAAGAUGAUGUACGCUGCGACCCGUGCCACACUGAAGAAAGAGUUUGGUGGAGGUCACAUCAGAGACGAAAUGUUCGGCACAGUCGAGGACGAUCUGUGCUUUCAAGGAUACAUGUGCCACCGUGCCUCCUGCUCCUCUCCAGCUCCUCUAACGUCGGCCGAGCAGGAACUACAACGAAUCAAAAUCACAGAGGAUAAAGUUGUCUGGGAUGAACGGAGAAGAAUUGGAACCCCAACAGCGCGAGCGAAGGUCACAAUGGAGUUUGGUUUAGACAAGAGAGCUCAGACUCUUCAGGGCCUCGCGUUCCCUUUGCAGGAAGAUGCCAAACGAGCUCUGCAGCAGCUCAAGCACAAACGCAUCAACUACAUCCAGCUGAGGCUGGAUGUAGAAAGAGAGACGAUCGAGCUGGUUCACACCAAACCCACAGAAACCCACGAGCUUCCGUUCAGGAUUCCCACAGACUCCCCACGAUAUCACUUCUUUGUCUUCAAGCAUUCCCAUCAAGACCAGCUGCACGAGGCGCUGGUGUUCAUAUACUCGAUGCCUGGCUACACCUGUAGCAUCAAAGAGCGGAUGCUGUACUCCAGCUGUAAGAACCGGUUACUGGACGAGGUGGAGCGAGACUACCAACUGGAAAUCACCAAGAAGAUGGAAAUAGACAGCGGCGACGGUCUGACAGAAGACUUCCUGUACGAGGAGGUGCACCCCAUGGAGCACACCUUGAAGCAGGCCUUCGCUAAGCCCCGAGGCCCGGGAGGGAAGAGGGGCAACAAGCGCCUCAUCAAGGGGACAGGAGAGAACGGGGAGGAAAACUAGACAUUGCACCCAUUAAUCAUAUCCACAGAAAUUUAGAAAUGUUGAAGAAAUGAUCUGCUGUUUCACUGCUAACCUUCAGGCCACUGAUUCUCUGUUUUUAUUUCAAUUCAAAGUUUUUAAAGUGAAAUUGAAUGAAAUGUAGAUCUCAGAUGCAUUCCCCCCCCCGUCCUCUGAAUCUUCUGCUGUCCGUCAUUGAGUCAGUCAACACACAGCCAAGGUUUUUACACAUCGAACAUCUGAAACUGAAUGUUACUGCUAACUAUAUAUUUAACACCAAUUUGGCCUGUUGUUAAUGUUGGUGCAGCGUAUUUCUGUGGAAGUAUCUGUUUGAAGGCCUGCAAAGAUGUACAGUACACUCAAUAGUUAUUGAUAACCGUGCAGGAAACCUUGAAGCAAAUUAAUCUUUUAUCUCAGUAGUUUGAGAAAACAAAGAAACUUUAAUUUUAUUACAUUUAUUCAGUGGAGAAACACAGUUGGAUAUAAACUAACCCCACACUGCUUGUGUAAAAUAAAUGUUAUGAAAGCAUUUUUUCUACUCGAUGUUUCAAGUUUAUUAGACAUGUAGGAACCUUUAAUCAGUAAUCAAUAACACC